AUGAAAUUUCGAUUCAAAGAAGAAACUCCUGCUGAACAACGUAGACAAGAAGCAGAAAAGAUUCGUACUAAAUAUCCCGAACGAAUUCCAGUUGUUGUCGAACGAGUACCAAAAUCUCAAAUACCUGAAAUUGAUAAGCGAAAAUUUCUGGUACCGAAUGACAUCACCAUUGCCCAAUUCAUGUGGAUUAUUCGUAAACGAAUCCAAUUAGCGCCUGAAAAAGCUAUCUUUCUCUUUGUCAAUAAAACAAUUCCAUUAUCAAGUGCGACCAUGGGAGAAAUCUAUGCUGAGAAUAAAGAUGAAGAUAGCUUUCUAUACAUUGCCUAUGGUGGCGAGAAUACAUUUGGUUAA